CAGAGAUGAUUCUUCAAUACUUCAUAUUUUCAUUGCUGCUCUUCUUUUUAUCUCCACUGGCGUUCGCCUAUGGUAACUUCACAGACCCUUUCUGCGACCGGCGCUGCAUGGCAAACGUCAUGGUUAAAAAAGAGCUGUUCAGUGCACCACUGAACGAUAACUGUACCAUCGUAGUAAACAUCACUUCCAUACAAUAUGAAACUAUGUCUUUUAACACGAAGGAGAUGCAAAUGACCAGUCGUAUCAAGGUAAACCUGGAAUGGAAGGAUCCUGAUCUUGGAUGGAUGCAAGACAGAGCUAGAUUUCCAACUAUUAUUUUGCCUGUUGAUAAAAUCUGGACUCCACGGAUAGUUUUGGACAAUGGAAUAGACACGACAGUGGAGCCCUACACGCAUGAUGUUCAGGUGAGGAGGGAUGGCGUUGUGGACCAUGCACUUAUAUUGUUCACGACGGUGAGCUGUGAAAUCAACCUGUUUACUUAUCCUUUUGUAUCGGGAUCCUGUCCUGUGGCCAUCAAUGGAUGGACAGAGAAAGGUUGUGCACUCAAACUUGAAAUUUCUAAUGAUGUGUCUUUGAUCGGUGGUGAUCGAGGAGAGUGGAAGACUACAGGUGUGAAAAAAAUAGUGGAUUCAUCGCACCGCGUUUAUCUCGAAGUCUUUCUGUCUAUUAACCCAUUUAGUGCAUUUGUGACCCUGAUCCUGCCAAGUGUGCUAAUAAUGGUGACAGACCUGGGGAGCUUCUCUGUGCCAUUUGAAGGAGGAGAACGCAACACUUUUAAGGUCACCCUGGUCCUGAGCUUCACCAUGUUCCUUCUCAUCCUCAAUGAUCACCUGCCGAAUGGUGGAACCUGUAGCCCCCUCCUCUAUUAUCACUUCACCUUCUGUCUGACGUGUUUGGUAUUGAGUAUACUGAUAUCAAUGAUGCUCACACGUCUAUCUGUGGAUGACAGCAUACUGAUCUGUAGACGCUCCACCAAGGUCCAUCCGUCAGAUCAGAACUCCAAAACACAAAACAACAGUCUGGAUCAGGAGAAAGAUACUGGUGUGAAGACGGGUGAUGUGACUUCAGAGAUCGCGACCCUCCAGGAAACAGUCAACAUCUUGGGGAGGAUUGAUGAAAGGGCAGAUCAUGUGGAGAGAAAACUGGCAUUUGCUAAUCGCGUGGACAAAUUUGUCUUUGGUUUUUUCAUUAGCAUGUACAUUCUUUACACGAUAAUUGUUAUCGCUAUAACCCAAACUGAUAUUUGCAAGGUUAAUAAUCUAGACUUCUGGGAUAUGUCUAACAAUGCAGAUAACAGCUUUGAUUACUCCUACACCUACACGAAUGCCUAGUCAUCUUCACCUGAUGGAUUGAGUGUGUUUCUGGUGAUAAAUAUAUAAUCUGUAGUAAAAUGAUAUGAAUUGUGUAAAUAUUAGUGAUGGGUCGUUCUUGAACGAUUCGUUCAUUUUAAACGAAUCUUCAAUAUGACUCGGGAACUACGAGUCCUCUCAAGUGAUUCGUUCAUCCGCGCGUGCGCAGAUUUGUGCAGGUGGUAUCAUUCAUCUUUCAAGUCUUUUGAGUCAAUCAUCAAGGAAAGGCAGAAGCUAAUCAUUUGCAUUUAGAGCCGGAAAGAGAAUUGAUCCGUUCCUCUCUCAAGUCCUCUAUCAGGUUUGAGUCAUUCGUUCAUCACGGACCAAUCAUUUGCGUUUAGAGCCGGAAAGAGAAUUGAUCCAUUCAUCUCUCGAGUCCUCUAUCGGGUUUGAGUCAUUCGUUUAUAACGGGCCAAUCAUUUGCGUUUAGAGCCGGAAAGAGAAUUGAUCCGUUCAUCUCUCGAGCCCUCUAUCGGGUUUGAGUCAUUCGUUCAUCACGGGCCAAUCAUUUGCGUUUUGAGCCGGAAAAAGAAUUGAUCUGUUCCUCUCUCAAGUCCUCUAUUGGGUUUGAGUCAUUCGUUCAUCACGGACCAAUCAUAUGCGUUUUGAGCCGGAAAGAGAUUUGAUCCGUUCAUUUAUCAAGUCCUCGGUCUGAGUCAUUUCUCUUUACAUUCUGUCACGUGAUGAACGAACGACUCAAGAACCAGAACACUCGAAAGGUGAACUAAUCAUGGCUCCUUUCGGCUCAGACUGUGUACAUUGUGGAUUAUAUGUGGCUGUCAGUGUGACAUGAACGAACCACUGAAAUUUGAAGACAUGAAGAGGUGAGCUGAGCAAAAAAACAAAAAUACCUUCAUAGACAAAAGAGCAUUUUCUCCUUCUUAUAGUGUUCUAUUUAUGACUUGUUUGUCGUGUGAUCAACCUUUUGGGCUCAUUGUAGAUGUGUUUGGAAGCAAUUCCUAACAUUUUAAAUAUAUUUUGGCAAAUUGAACCAAAUGAACGAAGUGACUCGAAAAAAGAUUUGUUCAUCUCGAUGAACGAGACUCAAAGAUCCGAGUCACUAAAAUGAUCCGAACUUCCCAUCACUAGUAAAUAUAAUUACUGAGUUAUUCAGAUUUCUAAAAAUAUAUAAACACCAACUACCAUAAUGUUUAUUUCUCACUGCUCUGCAUACAUUGUGCAUAUGGUUGUAUUUUUAAUCAUACUGACCAGCCACAUUUCCAUAGUUACACAACCAUAGAAGCAUUGUUUAACAAAUAUUAUGCCUGAGAAAAAUAGUCACAGGUUAGUAAUAAAUGAUGCUGUUUGUGGAGUUGUUUAAUGACCCCUCUGCUGAGAUUUUGAGAGAUUUAAUGUGUUUUAGUUCAGUUAAUUUCAUCUAAGGCUGUAACUAUUGUAGUUUUGUGCUUCU